GAAAGAACUGAAUGAAGCAAUUUCAACUGGCGACUUCAGUAAAUUAUCAGAAUCAUUUCAAUCUGAACAAUUAUUUAACCUCACUUCCUCCUCCUCCUCCACUGAUGCUCUCAUUCGCUCCGGACUUUUAACACCUUUUGGAACCACACCCACUUUACCAACCAACCGACCACAUGAUAGUCACACGACUAAAAGAAACAGCUCGUCACCCGUUGUUACUCUAGCCGAUUUUGAUUGGCUAGGACCUUCUAAUGAUGACAAUGAUCAGUUAAAAAAUAACGUUUCUAAGAGAACCAAUAAAGAAGGAACAUCCCUGGCCACGAGCAGUAAUAAGAAAAUGAUUGAUACUGAAGUAGAAAAUGAGUCCAGACUACUUGCAUUGAAGAAUGAAGAUACAAGAGAAGAGAGCAUUAGUAAUAGAGCAGGGCCUGCUACCAGCAGUAGAGGAGAGCCUGAGAGUGAUGAUAGUUCUUAUACAACUGACGAAGAGCUAGGGGUGUCUAAGAAAAGAAGAAAGAGAGCAAUCAAUGAGGAGGAGAGUGAGGAUGAACUAGUACAAGUUAACUGGCAUGGGAAGAAGAAGAAAAAGAAUGGAGGAGUGCGGAGCAAAGGAGAUGAUGGAGACGAUGGAGUAUAUAAAGCAAGAAUGAGAGAUUAUAAGGAGAGGUUUGGCGAGGGAGAAGAAGCAGCUGUUGUUGUUGAAGAUGGUUUUAGAGUACCUAGUAGCAUCUGGCAUAAACUAUACAGGUACCAGCAGACUGGUGUUAAGUGGCUGUGGGAGCUGCACUCGCAGCAAGCAGGUGGAAUAAUGGGGGAUGAGAUGGGGCUAGGGAAGACAAUAGAAAUGAUAGGAUUCCUUGCUGGACUCAAGAUUAGUAAUGUACGGAGUCAUGUGACACGUGAGCUAGGUCUUGGGCCUAUAUUAGUAGUCUGUCCAGCUACUGUCCUUCAUCAGUGGGUCCAUGAGUUUCACAGCUGGUAUCCUCCUUUCAGAGUGGCUAUAUUGCACGAUACUGGAUCUUAUGGUGGCAGUAAGGCCUCACUGCUCAAGAGAAUGGUCUCGGCUAAUGGCGUCAUUGUUACUACUUAUGCUAGUGUGAGGCUUCAGACUGAUCUUCUCCUCAGGCACCAGUGGGAGUACGUCAUACUUGAUGAAGGACACAAGAUUAGAAACCCUGAUGCUGAUAUAACUCUAGCAUGCAAACAAUUUCCCACUCCUCACCGCAUUAUCCUCUCCGGCUCUCCUGUACAAAACAACCUAAAAGAGCUUUGGUCACUAUUCGAUUUUGUCUAUCCUGGCAAGCUUGGAACCCUCCCCGUCUUCCUUGAGCAAUUCUCUGUUCCAAUUACCCUCGGGGGAUAUGCUCACGCCUCACAGACUCAAGUUGAGACAGCUUACAGAUGCGCCUGUAUAUUAAGGGACACCAUCAACCCUUACCUAUUGAGGAGGCUUAAGAGUGACGUCAAGUUGCAGCUGCCUAACAAAAAUGAACAGGUUUUGUUUUGUCGAUUGACUGACUAUCAACGUGAGCUUUAUGAGGAAUACAUAAAAGGGCCUGAAGUAGAGGCAAUGAUGAGAGGGGGAAAACAAAUCUUCUCUGGUUUAAUGACUCUGCGUAAAUUAUGCAACCAUCCUGACCUGGUAACAAAAGAGUAUCAGAGAGAGAGAGCAAUGGCUGAUGGGAGGCAGCAAACAACUGGAGAAGGAGGAGGCUCCGUUGAAGAAGAAGAGGAAGAAGAUGGUGCUGGUGUUAUAGAGGUCAGUUCUAAGAGGCUAAAGGUCGCUGGUGGUGUAAGAGAUAGUGAGGAGGAGUCCUACGGGUUUUGGAGACGCUCGGGAAAAAUGAUAGUCAUUGAGUCACUGCUGAAAAUGUGGUUAGGCCAGAAACACAAAAUAUUACUAUUCUCUCAAUCAAGACAAAUGCUUUAUAUUUUGGAGAAGUUCCUCAUAUCCAAUAGUUACACUUACCUGAGGAUGGACGGUACUACCUCCAUUGGUGCAAGGCAAAAACUAAUCAAAGACUUUAACGAAGAUCCUUCUAUUUUUGUGUUCUUGUUAACUACUCGAGUUGGGGGGCUAGGGGUUAACCUGACAGGGGCUGAUAGGGUACUUAUAUAUGACCCAGACUGGAACCCUAGCACUGAUACACAGGCAAGAGAAAGAGCCUGGAGGAUAGGACAGACUAAGCCUGUUACUAUCUAUAGACUACUAACAGGUGGAACUAUUGAAGAAAAGGUCUAUCAUAGGCAGAUAUUUAAGCAGUUUCUCACUAAUCGUGUCCUCAGAGACCCUCGUCAGAGAAGGUUUUUUAAAUCAAAUGAUUUGUACGAGUUAUUCACGCUGGGCUCUUCGGACGGGCUCCAUAAAACAGAAACAAGCUUCAUGAUAUCUGACACCGACUGCGAGAUAAAGUUACCAAGAAAAGGAGGGAAAAGAAAAAGAGGCAGGAGCAGCACAACAACUGAAAAACAUAUAGACCAGAGCUCAAAGAAAGACACUGAUACCAAGAGUAAAUUAACUAGUAGUCAAUUGACUAUUGAUAAGUUAACUACGGAUAGCAGUGGCAAUACUGCAGCAUCUUCAAAUCCAAACCUUAUUAUUGAUACUGAAGAUAAGAGAGAUGAAGCAACAAAGGACUCUAAGAAGAAAUCAAUGGAAACUGAGCCAACAACACUGACUGAGGAAGAAAUGAUGUUAAUGUCAUCCAAGAGGAAAAAGAAGAAGAAGAGAAGGAGAAAGAGUGGGAAACCAGUUGAAGUAGAGGGGCAGGCCAUUAGCGGGAUAGAGUCAUUAGAUGCAUUUAGUCCAGGGAAUGAAGAUGAAGAGAACGCUACUAGUAAUAGACAAGACGACUUCAUACUAAGGAAAUUAUUUAAAAAAUCAGGCGUACAGACAGCAUUAAAGCAUGAUAGUUUGGUUGAAGGAGGUGACCCUGACUCUAUCAUCAUUGAUACAGAAGCUAACAGGAUAGCUCAGAGUGCAGCUAGAGCCCUGAGAGAGUCUUGUAGGCAGUGCCAAAUUGGAGGGAGAGGAGGAGCUGCUAACUGGGGGCAACCAACUUGGACUGGACAAAAUGGAACCAUUGGAGCUCCUAAGUUUGGAGAGCCUUCGAAAGAUAUUCAAAUAACAAAGACUCUUUUCACUGGAACUAGCAUCAGGAAUGAGACUGAAGGCUCAUUAACACUCUCAUCCAAUGUACUACUAAGAAAGAUGAGGUCAAGGAAUGCUCUCACUCUCCUCGAGACAGGAGGAGCCAGCAGCAGCAGCAGUGGUCUACACUCCUCCAGCAAUGUUGAGCUGUUGAGAGACUUAAGAACAUUUAUAGCUACCCAAGCAAAGAGACCAGGGAAAGCUACUACUGAUGAGAUAUUAAAUAAGUUUGGAGGAGAGAGACUCUCACCUGCUGAAUCAGCUGUAUUUAGAUCAAUGUUGCAUCAGAUAUGUGAUUUUGAGCGUUAUCAUGGUGACGGGCUGUGGUCAUUAAAGGCAGAUUAUAGAUGAUAUUUUUGUACCAUUAUUUAUCAUUUAAUUAUUACUAUUAUUCCGACAUGCUUAAUAUAUUCAUUCAUUGAUAAGUAUCAAUUUAAUCAUUAA